AUCAGGCAACCACAGGCAGUGGCACAUUUUUGCUGUGAAUUUACGCGUACUUAUCGUCAUGAGCGUACUGUAGAGUGAGUUAAAGGCAUUACGUUGUCUUAUCUUUACGCAUAAAAAGAAGAUUAUCGUUUUACAUUUAACUGUCUCUCAAGAAGAACUCUGCUCGAUGGAGUUUUCUACCGUAGCUAAGAUGAAUUUCAUAAAACUAACUCACCAGCCAAGUAGCUAACUGGCUCAAGAGUAAUUCUUCCUUGAAAAGUUUAUGGUUAUUCAGAUUCUCAUGAUACUCCAUGCUUUUGGCUAUUGAUAACUAUAUUCCCGUAAUGAUUUUACAUUUUGCGCCGGUAUAUUGGCUAUGUUGGUAUUAACUCUAUUGGAAGAUGGCGUGUUGUGAGAGCGCGGUUUUCAAGCUUCGUAUACAUACGGAUAUCUGGCGUUUCUCUUACGGUUUUAGUCAUAGGUUAUCAACACUGGCAGCUUACGAGUUCCGAUCGGUUUAUUGACACAGAUAUCCUGUGAUGAAGAAUUUGAAAGUGGCGCCUCAUAUGAAACUUCUAAAAACGUCGAACCACUCUGAAGAUGGCACCUGCAAUGUUUGUCGAUAAGCUGGGUAACUUUCAACCUUCGACGCGUCGCAUCCCGGAAAGCCAAGUCCGCUGAUAAUCAUCGGUUGGGCGAGCUCCGUGUUUGACGGCGUUCGGGUGACGAAACUGGAAUGUAGCUGUUAUGUUAUCGUCAUAUAAAUAAGUACAAUGUUUUUAAGACGUGCAGUGAGUUAAUAGUGUCUCAUUUAUAGAGUUCAUUCUGCAUAUCGUGCAUGGCUAAUAACAAACAAAUGCGAAAACAAGUGACAUGUAAAUAGUAACAAAAUGAAUGUGGAAGAGACCUCGGGUCGUGACUCUCGUGAAUAAUUUGAAUGCACUUUGAACAAAACCUGGUGAUGAAAUUCAGUACCUGUGUGUUACUGUAUGGAAGUACGAUCUUCUAAAUUUGUUUACAAACAAAUGUCUUCAGUUGCUUUCUAUUCUAGCAAUAACUAGAAAAGUUUUGAAACAGCUGAGUUCUUGGAGCCGAACUGACUGACAGUAAGGACCAAACGAAAGGCGUCUUUGAUGUCGAAGUCAUACAAAAUGAAAAACGAACUCAGAAGUGACAGCGAGGUAACCCUCACAAAUUAUAUGACCGGUAGUGGUGGGGCAGAUGACACUUCACCAGCUGAUGAUACUUCUUCAACGUCAACCCUGGACGUUAUCGGACUGACAAACCUCGCAAAUUCAGAUUUGAACCUUUCAAAUAAGAAUAAAAAAGUGCUUGUUCCGAACAAUACAACCAACGCACUCUUUAAUAAUAACAACAACAACAACCACACACACCAUCCUUUGCACCAGCUGCACCAUCUGCACCACCACCAUCUUCACAGGCCUUGUGACAGAGCCGUGUCGUGGAACGCUGUCAAUGGACAUUCUGCUUUAAGUAGCAGUUGUGACAGUAUAGCUGUUGCACUCCCAGAACUAGAGAAAUCUGGAACUGAUGAAGCUAGAUGCUCCAGAAGAGGACUCCAUCAUUCUGGUGUCGGAGCUGUCGCAGGUGGCGGCGAUGGGAGCAACGCAGGAGGUGGAGACGAUGGGAGUGGCAGCAGGUCGGCAGUCCACUGGGUGGCGAAGCGAGCGCGUCGUGGUUGUACUCGCAAACUUUUGCACAAAAGAGUUCCAAUCCUUAGCUGGCUUCCUCAGUACACUUCUCGUGCGGCCAUUUCGGACAUGGUGGCCGGAGUUACUGUCGGUCUCACGGUUAUACCCCAAGCUAUUGCCUAUGCCAAUGUCGCUGGAUUACCUCCACGGUAUGGACUGUAUUCCGCCUUUAUGGCCUGCUUUGUUUAUACCAUCUUUGGCUCCUGUAAGGAUUCUCCUGUGGGGCCCACAGCCAUUGCUGCCAUUCUGACACGAGAGAACCUCCAUGACCUGGGUCCGGAGUUUGCUGUUCUUCUCUGUUUUCUCUCAGGCUGUGUAGAAUUGGUAAUGGGAAUACUUCAGCUAGGAUUUCUAAUUGACUUCAUCUCAGGACCCGUAUCUGUUGGUUUUACAUCUGCAGCAGCCAUCAUUAUUGCUACAACACAAAUUAAAGAUGUUCUAGGCCUCAGUUUUCCUGGUAGCAAGUUCCUGGAUGUUUGGGAACAGUUGUUUGAGCAUAUCUCUGAAACACGGCUAUGGGACACUCUCCUUGGUUUUAUAUGUAUGGCAAUUUUGCUUCUUUUAAGGAAAGCAAAAGAUAUCCCUGUGGGUCCAGAAGGUACGAAGAUCCAAAAGGCUGUGAGUCAGUUCCUGUGGUUUAUCUCUACAGCACGGAACAUUCUCGUGGUGGUUGUCUGUGCUGUCAUGGCGUAUCUCUUUGAAGUCCAUGGCUCACAGCCGUUUGUACUUACUGGUGUUGUUAAGCCAGGACUUCCUCCAUUCCAUCCACCCCCAUUCUCAGCUCAGGUUGGCAACCACACAUACAACUUUCUAGAGAUGGUUUCUAAUCUUGGUUCUGCAACAUUCGUCGUCCCUUUGCUUGCAAUUCUGGAGAACAUUGCUCUUGCAAAAGUGUUCGCGGAAGGAAAGGCCAUAGAUGCAACCCAAGAGAUGCUUUCCAUAGGCAUGUGCAACAUUCUGUCUUCCUUUGUUAGUUCCAUGCCAGUGUCUGGCGCACUUUCUCGUGGAGCUGUAAACCAUGCCAGUGGUGUUGAAACAACAUUUGGUGGUGUCUACACUGGUAUCCUUGUGAUUCUGUCUCUUCAGUUCUUCACUCCAUACUUCUAUUAUAUUCCAAAGACAUCCCUGGCUGCAGUCAUCAUUGCUGCUGUGGUGUUUAUGGUUGAGUUUCAUGUUGUAAAACCAAUGUGGAGAACAAAAAAACUGGAUCUAAUCCCUGCAUUUGCCACAUUUUUAUCCUGCCUCUUCAUUCGCUUGGAACUUGGAAUUGUUAUUGGUAUAGGCAUUAAUGUUCUGUUCUUGCUAUAUGCUUCAGCACGACCAAGUGUUCGUGUAGAAAAGGCCUUAAGCUCAUCUGGUUGUGAAUAUCUGUUGAUCACGCCAGACAGAAGCCUCGUGUUCCCGUCUGUUGAAUAUGUGCGCAACGUAGUGUCAAAAGCAGGCAUGAAGCAAGGAUCUAGUUAUGUGCCAGUCGUGAUUGACAGCAGACACAUUCAAGGUGCAGACUUCACUGCUGCUAAGGGUAUCAAGUCUCUAAUUGAGGACUUUGUGAAGCGGAAUCAGCCCAUCUUAUUCUACAAUCUGAAACCCAGCAUAGUGGAGAUCUUCCAAGGCGUUCAACCUAAAGAUUUUAAAUACUGUAGAAAUGAGAGUGAGCUUAAUGAAUUGCUGAGGGGCAAACAGCGCCGUGCUACUGUGGCAUAAAGGUGCUGGUAAAGUAGUUAUUCAUAUUUUAUUUUGGACUUUUGCAUUCACCAUUUUGGAAUUUCCUAUGAUAUUUAAAUUAAAGAGGACACAGUGAUUGAAAACUUAGUAUUUAUAAAUGGCAGCACUGAUGAAACUGCUUAAGGGCAUAAUAAGGAUUCUUUUUUAUAGAUACUUAGAACAGUUAUUACAUGAUGUGGACUUUGGAAGUGAGCAUACUGCUUUCUGUAUUGAAGUUAAAAUACAACAUCUGAUAAACUCAGAUUUAAAUGAAGAAGGUAUAGGAGGAAUGUUGCAUCAUAUGAUUUAGCAUUGUUCUUGUAUAAAAUGUUCAGGCUCUUGUGUUACUCUAGAUAAAAUAAAUUCUUGCUAAUAUAACUUGACUUUGAACACAUCUUGUAGUAUAAAAGGCUGCUGGAACAGUAAUUACUGUUUUCAGUGAAAGUUCAAACAGCAUUAUUAUGUUUCAAGGGCUAUAAAAUAACUACAAUAAAUUCAGAAAUUCAAAUACGUAUUACAUAAUCCUGAGUUUUAUCUACCAUUAAUUAUAAUAUUAAUGUCACUGUUUAUAGUGUGAAUGAAGUGAUGUAAUUUAAAUGUGAAAUGACAAUGCAAAAGAAUAUAAUAGAGACAAUAAUUUGUAAGUGAUAUAUAUGUUAUUAUAGAAACUAUCGUGUCUUGGCAUGAAAUUACACAUGCUGUUUGCAUACUACAUUUUAAAUUUAUAUAAUAUUUACUAUGACAUUUAAAAUCUGAAGUAGACAAUAGUCGAGAAUGCAAGAAAGUUUGGACUCGAUGUGUGUGACAGCAAUGGCUAAGAAAUUUGACUGGGAUUUGAGGUUUGUAUUUUGGAAUGGAUUUUAACUCUAGCAUAUCAUAAUGUUAUGGUCAGUGUUUUAAGGUCUACAGAAUAAAUUCCCACUAUUUUGUUGACAUCAAAGUGAAAACAUUAUUGUCAGUAUUGCCACUGUACUGUCAUAUUUUAAAAAUUGAACUUUCCAGCUUUUGGUCUUAUCAUUUUCAGACACAAUCUAGUGCCAGUAAUCCAACAUCUACAACAGAUAUGUAUUGUUUUAUUACUGUGUUGCUCUUUUAAUGCUUAAACUAAUAACAAAAAUCAAUUGUAUGAGAUGUACUGAAUGUGGUUACAGGUGCACCAAUUGUGUGACACAAAUUUAUUUUAUGUCCACACUCAGUUAAUGGCAAAACAUUAACUACAAGAAGGAGCAUAUGUAGGGAUGCAGAUAUUUUAAAUUUAAUAUACCUGUAUAAAGACCACAAAUUACUUACUAAUAUGUAUGGCAAUAAUUUGGUCUAAGGAUGUUCUGUGAUGCAGUAUUUUAUUUAUUUCAGUAGUUUUAUCUAUUCUUUAUACCAUAGUUUAUUACUGAUCAGUACAAGAUGGUGGAAGUUUGUUAGCAAUGUAUACUGCUGGCAUAAGUAAUAAUUCUGUUCCUAGGAGGAAACUGUUAUUGAGAGAAGACUUAAUUUAUAUGUAGGCAACCAAAGUAUAUACUCAGAAUGUACUAUUAUCUUUCAUUUACAAUAUAUUCCAUGGUGAAAUGCAACUUUUUUUUUGUUAGUAAAAUUUUGUUAAUAUUUUAUAUCCUGAUACAAUUAUUUACCCUGGUCCAGAAACAUUGUUAUUACUUGUUACUAAUUUUCUGCAGUCCAAUUCAAAAUGGACACUUUCCAUAAACUAUUUAGGAUAGAACAACAAUAUACAUACUUAAAAAUAGAGAGAAGUUUUAUUCACUCAAGGUUUAAUGUUGAUGCUAUACAAUAAAUUAGAAACACUGACAUUCUGGUUAUAUUUUGUGAGGAAAGACUGUGUAGUCUGUGAUGCAGCCUAAAAUGGAAGAGAAUUUGUGAUAUGUGGUCUGUGGAUACUUAUUAUGAAUGUGCUGAGUUGCAUUCAAUAAACUGUGUGUUUGGUUCACUGUGCAGUGUUAAGGCAUGAGUGAUUUGCUCAGGACUGAAGUUGUUGCAGAUUAUGAUUGCUGGCAACACAAUUAAUAUACUUGAAUUAUUUAAAAUAAUGCUUGAUGUAGUAUCUACAACUAGCACUGUAUCAUAAAGAUUAAAUAAUGAAUAUUAAUAAAAUAAGUUAUGCAGUUGUUUA